CAUAGGCUAAAAUUCAAGGAUAUUUUAUUACGUGAAAGAAUGGCAGAGAAUGAACUUGGAACGUGGUUUCGAGGUAUACCUAUUGUGACAAGAUGGUGGUUCUCUCUGUCCAUCGUAUUUCCCCUUCUUGGAAGGUUAGGACUCAUAAAUGGCUUUCACAUGAUGCUGGACUAUGCAAGCGUAGUACACCGUUUCCAGGUAAGCCAGUGUGUUAUAUGAAAGCAGUCAUACGAAAGUUAGACAAUGGUAUUGAAGAGAAAUAAAAAAUAUUACUUGCGAAGAUUUAUUUAGCAUACAGGUGUAGAUACAGUACUCAGUUGUAAUGACAUUUAAAGGGGCGAUAUGAAAAAUCGAAGAAAAUCUAAUUAACUGCUCCGUAAAUUUCUCAAUUAAUUCGUAUUGUAUGAAGAAUAAACCAUUCGCACUCAACCUAUUUUUUGAUGGUUGUUGUCAUAGUAAUCAAUUUUUGGCAACUUAGUUUUUUCUCUUUCUAUAUAUGAUCAAUAGUUAUUAGCCGGAAGUUGAAGACAAAAGCGUUUAGGAUAAGACAUAAAUGGCGGAUGGGCUUAAUUUUUCUGCAAAGUGUAGCUUCACUUGGGUAGGAAGUCUACUUAUCACUGUGACGAUCAGUUGAUUUUGAUACAGCUACAAGAUUCAGCAUACUCCAGAGAUAGUGUUGGGAAAUUAUGUUACUUUAAUUUGUUAGUGCAAUUUGCCUGGUUUUCCCAUGGAUAUCUGUUGGAGGGAAACAUUUUUUUAAUCCCUACCAUGUGUUGCAGCUGGUGUGAGUUCAUGUAAUAUUUAGUGGGUUUAAAUGGUACAAUUUGUCAAAGAUUGAAUAGAGUCUACUUGUUGACUGCCCUUGCAAAAUAUGUCAUAUGAAGGCCAUCAGUAACACACCUGGCUGUGCUUCCUUUGCCUUUUUUUGUUGAUUACAUAUUUUGACGUCAUAUGUGAUUUAUAACUGAACAUAGGGACAGCAACAUGUAAUCUACUUUUUGAAUGGAGCAUUUCAAAGGGAGACACUAAUUCUUACAGAUCCCUUCUAAUUUUCAUUCCAGAUAUGGAGAUUGGUCACAUCAUUUGUAUACUACCCUAUUUCACCUCAGACUGGAUUUCAUUAUUUGAUUAAUAUAUACUUCCUGUAUUCAUACUCUACAAGACUUGAAACAGGUAAUUUUUUUUUCACUCUAUCAAGUAAAUAAUGAAAAAGCUGGUUUAUACAGAAUCUUGAAUUCCUAAAAAAUUUAAUUGAACUUUGUUGACUCACAUUCAGUUUUGGUUGAAAUGUGAGAAAUAUAAUUCAUAAGUCUUAAGAUUAUGGUAAAAUCUGCUUAAGGUAGGGAAAUUAACUUAACCUACUUGGCCAAAGAAAUAACAGGGGUGACCAGAGAGUGUUUGAUUUACAGUGGAGACUGUGGAUAACUGCUAGUUUACUUAGGGUAUUUGGUUUAACCUAGAAUAUCUAGUGUGAAAAUUUAAAAUAAUCUGCAAUAUUAGUUUAAAUUAUUGCUUAAAAUAUAUAUGUUCUAACCCAUUUUUCUUUCUUAUCACUUUUCUUUUAUCAAAUAAUCAUGAUUCAUUACAUUGCUCAAGAAUGAGAAAGUAUGGGAAUGUGAAUAAAUAACACUCUCAACUGAGCUCCCUUGUUCAGAACCCUUACACUUCCUCUGCCUUGUGUCAAACUGUCACUGAUGUAGGAGAGUUUGCAUUUGUUACAGAAUAUUCUGUAAUAAAUCUUAGUCCUGCAUAUAGAUUUUCAUUUUAGGAAAUGCAUACUGUGUAUGAUGCUAAUGAUAUCUGAGCGACAAUGAUAUUAAGCACAUAAAAACUAGUCAAAUUUUGUCUCCUUAUGAAUUUUAACUACCUAAACCUCCUUUUCUAAGAAGCCUAUACAUCAAAGCCCAGAAGCUUUUUAACCCCCUCAUCCCUUUUGCAGACACAUUUGAGCAUUAACCAUAUUGUGGUGUAUCUUGCAUCAAUGAUAAACUUGUACAGAACUGUGUUUUAACUUCUCAUGAUCUUACUGCCUCACAUUGAAUUUGUAGAUCAGUGCUUGAUGUGAAUCUAAUGUUAUUACUUCUUAAGCAUUUUUUCUUUUUCCUUGCAGGCCUGUUUGAUGGUCGGCCAGCUGAUUACUUGUUUAUGAUGCUCUUCAAUGGGAUCAUUUUAAUUGUAUCUUUGUUAAGAAAUGACAUGGAAGAAAAACAACAAAGAAGAAAAUACAAAUUCCUAAGAAUUUAAUAUGGAAAAUUAAGUUAAAACAAAUGUUUAUUUGUGAUGUAAUCAGUACUUUGACCUUAGCUAGAGUUCUUCCUAUUCUCUCUUGCAUGGUUGAUAUUUAGAAAUUGGGUUUAAAAAGCUAUUUUGUGUUAAUAUUGUAAUGUUUGUUUACUGGGUUGAAGUGUUCCUUGACUUGUCUUCAUAACUAACAAAAGAUCAUAGGACUUCUUAUGCCUUUGAGGGUAAGUUAUACACUUGUUUAACCUGAAAACAGUUUAAACUAAAAGAUGUAUCCAUGGUUACAAUCAUUGAAUACCCUGUAAGGAAAAUCAAUAUUAAGUCCUGUUCAAAUGUUUGCAAUAUUUUUAAACUUUUCCUCAAUCCUUAUAAAUCCAAAAAAAAAAAAUUAUUGAUAGUGUGAAAAACCUCUAUGAACAACACACAAUACUCAUUUAUUAUGAUCAUUUGUAGUGUUCUUCAGCGGUUUGUAACAUUUAGAUAAACAGGGUUUUCAUUGAGAAAUGUUUUGGUUGGAGGAUAGUGGAUAGGAGAAAAUUUUUUGCACGUCUGAAAUAACUGCCUAUUGGGCAGUUUUGUGACCACUCUUUUUCACAGCUCCACUACUUUAUGCUUCAAAGCACACACACAACCUACAGGUUACACCUUUUUUAAAAACACAUGAUUUCAUUGAAAUGUAGAAAGUGAUUUGUGGGUAGAAGCACAAGUAUUCUCCUUUUUCCAAUGCCUGUAUUUGUCAUAUUGUAUUGUUUGUUGUCCCAAAGCAUAAUGUCUGUUUUUGCUUUUUAGCUUCUCAUGGACCCACUUGUUUUAAGUGUCCUUUAUGUAUGGUGUCAAGUGAAUAAAGAUAUGAUUGUACAGUUCUGGUUUGGCAUGCAGUUUAAGGUAUAGAUUUCUAUUUUCUUUUGUAACAGAAUCCUUCAGACUUAUUACCCAUCUUUAAUUUUGACAAAGAAUGAAAAAGAUAAUCAUAAUGGUGGUUUAAAGUUAUGAUCUCUAAGGCAUUUAUUCUCUUUUUGUUUCUCAAAUUGUUAAAAAAUAGACCUCAAAUAUACUAGUACAUGAAAAACUUGCCAUUUAGGUUUUCAAACAGUAACCCUGAAACUUCUCCAACAUACCCUGAUAGUGUAUGUUUUUCCUUUUUCAACAAAUUUCAAAUGUUCAAAAAGAUUUGGAAAGAGCCAGACACCCUCAGCAUAAAGUUGACUUGUAUGGGGCACUGUUGAAUUUAAUUUAUUUUGUUUCAGGCAAUGUACCUUCCAUGGGUGUUAGCUGUAUUUAACAUGGUCAUUCAGGGAGGGUAUGUAUCAGAACUCACUCUGCCUUUGUGCAAACUUCAUUUCAAAUCCUAAACAAGUUUUAUCUAUUUUGAUUGCAGUGGUAUUAUGGAGCUAAUUGGUAUCUUUGUGGGACACCUUUACUUCUUCCUCAUGUUCAAAUACCCACAAGACUUUGGAGGACAGCGAUUUCUCUCUACACCAUCCAUACUGUAUGUAGUCUGGUUGAUUUUACAUUGUACAUUUUCAAUUGUACAUUUUCCAUUGUACAUUUUCCAUUGCUUUGUUGGCUUAUUUUUUUACCUUGAAUGAUCACAUGGAGGCUCUUUUACUUGAUAGAUACUUUUAUACAAAAUACUUCACUUUUUCAUCAGAUUCUGUAGUUUCCUAAGGUUUGAUCUCAUAUCAGGGGUACUUAUGAUACUAUCACGACUUUUUAUUUAAUUAACUUGGUUAGAUUGAAAUAUAUUGUAGCAUAGAUGAUUUACUAUCUCAUUUCUCUCGAUUAGUAUGCUUUCCAGCGAUAGUUCCUUUAUAUAAGUAAGUAAUAUUCUUGCCAGAGGAGUGAGGUUAUUGAUUAAACCAGUGCUAUGAUUCAUAGAUGUGAUUGAAUAGAAUUUGUUUCAAAUAAUUUUGUUUGUCAUUUCUGUUCCUUUUUAUAGGUACAAGCUUCUUCCAAACCGCCAGGGAGGUGUAAGUGGAUUUGGUGUUCCCCCUGCAAGCCGUAGGCCACGCAACCAAGACAACGGUGGAGGUGGUGGUGGUUGGGGAGGUUGGGGCCAAGGACAUCGCCUUGGCAACGAAUAAAUCUUUAGGCUACUAUGUAGAUGGCUUUUGAUGUUGCAACCUCAUUAAGUACAUUUUCGAAAGAUCAACACCUGAAAUUAAUUUAAACGUUUGUUUGUGCAGAGCAUAUGCUUCAAUAUGUGAGAGCAUACCCGAAACAUCAAGGAACAGAGAGAUUUGCGUCAAGAUCCCAGACUUGCUGUGUAUAUUACACUACGUAAAUAAAGUUUUUAGAAGUGUGCUUGCCGUUUUCCCUGAUGUAGUUGCAGCUAAGAUAUGGUCAAGUUGUCGAUAUUAUAUCAAGCUAAGUGAUGUGGGGGGAAGUCAAUUAUUCGAACAUACUCCGCCCACCUUAUGUUAACAUCAGUAAGUGUUAACUGUAGGAAUAGCAUUGACUAUAUUCGUUACUUUGAACUUUGAGUAAGAAAAAAUGUGAGGGGUUAUCAGUAUUAAUAUCUGAGAACAUUAAAUGCGGGGGACACUUCAUUUAUUGGUUUUAAUGAAUGAAAAGCUCGUUAGGUCCUAUGACAUUAGCAGAAUUAAUUUCAUAUGUGAUCUGGUUCUCUGUGGGAAUGAUAGUAAUAGCUGGAAAAAUAGUCUGACGGUGGAGAGACGCAUUGAAUUAAGUCGUUAUCUUAGUAAACGUGUCCAGUUUCAGAAAGAUGUAAGUAGAUAUUUUUUAAAAAAAUUAACUAAAUCAAGCUUGCUUUUUGUUCAAUCAUCUCGGGAAAAACGAGUUCACGUGUGAGAGGUAUGCGAGACAAAAUAACCUAACUUUAAGGUAAGAUCACUCAUUUACUCAGAGGCGAGAAGAUCUUGGUGCUUACCAACAAGUGCCAUUUGCUGUGGUUCCUCGUAUUUCAUAAGUAACAACUUGUUCCGUAGUACUCUUCUUUCACUCGUAUUGCUCUCUCAUAGCUAACUCUUACCUUUCAUUUUUUUCUGAGAUAGAAUGUUUGAUGAUAAAUAAUAUUAGUGCAACUGUUCUGUUUAGAUUUGAUUAGGACAGCAUUUCUUCUACUAAAAAAGUAUUGGAUACUACGUCAAUUUGAUUUCAGGCAGAUUUUUCCAGAGAUCCUCACUCAAGAACUCCGUUG